AUGUACUACUUCUCAAGAGUAGCUGCUAGAACUUUUUGCUGUUGUAUCUUUUUCUGUUUAGCCACAGCGUACAGCAGGCCAGACAGAAAUCCUAGAAAGAUAGAAAAGAAGGACAAAAAGUUUUUUGGAGCGUCAAAGAACACCAAUCCCGCCAACGCUAUGGGCAAUUUGUUCAAAGCACCAACCAUAGAAUACGUUGUAGAGGAAGUUACACGAACACACCAGCCGGAACAGUACGAUAUCCCCACGGACAUGAGCCCACUGAUGACCAUUGCUGCCAGUGAGUCGGCGGACAAGUUCACAGACAAAUUCUUUGUGGACCAAUCUUCCAUAAUGAAGGAAAAGACUAGCAGCAAAGGCAAUGCCAGAACGUUGUUAUAA